AUGAUUGCUGUGCUGCUUCAACAGAGCAACGAUUGUCGUGCUGCUUCAACAGAGCAACGAUCGCUGUGCUGCUUCAACAGAGCAACGAUUGCUGAUUCAACAGAGCAAAGAAGUCCGGCGACUUCUCUGACGAACUGGUUUCAACGAUCUGGUUUCAACAUCUUCGAUCUUGAAGGAGAUACACGUAGUGGGUUUUUUUUGCAUCUGGCUUCAGAUCUUGAAAGUAGAGAAGAAGAGGCAAAUGGACAUCCCGGAUCUGUUUCGUCGAUCAGCUUUCAACGAUCUGCUUUGAUGAGCUUCAACGAUCUGUUUAGACGAGCUUCAACGAUCUGCUUAGACGAGCUUCAGCGAUUUGCCUUCAAGGAUUUGCAUCAGUGA